UUUCCUGAUUCCUACAAGGAAGAGAUGGACUAUAGUUUAGCAGCACUGAAACUGCUAUGCGGGCAACUGAAAGAUGCCAGAGAAACUCCUUCUCAAAACGCCUUGACUCUGGGCGGCAUUCUCUUCCAACGUGCCUGGCUUCAGGGCAUUUUGGUCUCAAACGACGAUGACGACCGCCUGCUUCUCGAUGACGGCACCGGUAUUGUUGAGCUGAGCCUCUCCGGCGAUUUCCGUCAACGUCAAUGGAAGAAAGGUAUGUAUGUGAUGGUGGUGGGAGGGUAUUUUGUCCGUGCGGGUGACCUCCCUGUUAUUAAGGUUCAUAAGAUUGUUGAUCUUUCUCAAUUCCCGGAUCGAGAAGCGAUGUGGUAUCUUGAAGUUUUGGAGGCUUACAAAUUGUUCUACCAGCCCCUUAUUGAAGAAUUCAUAUGAAGAAUCCAGUUCUACGUCUCCUACACACCACAAGUUUAGUUGGCUGAGGAGCUCGACUGUGUUUCCAAUGCUAGUUCUAAACACUGCAUUUGAAUAUAAUGGCAUGUAGCUGAGGAAAUGAUAAAUUUUCUUGUCAUUUAUUGAAGCUGAAUAUUUCUCCAUCAUUCCUAGAUUUUAAGUCUUUUUCUGUAUUCGAGGCAGGCUACGUUUGCUUCUUGUUGUUGUGGUUUAUACCCUAUGCUGUUCUUUACGUUGUAAAGCAUAGUCUGCCUAUGACCAAUUCCCUUCACAAAUUAUGUUUAAGACUCUGGUUUUGAACCUUGUGUCUGCAGUCAGUCAUUUUUCCAGAAGCAAAGGAAGAAUUCUAUGCUUUCGAAUUUGAAA